AGGAUGUUGUCGUCGAUAAUACUAUAUAUAUCUGAAAUUAUUAGCAGUGUUCCUAAUGAUGAAUAAAAAAUAAAGAUCUACUGUUUUUAUACUUCAAGCUCAACCUAUUACCAUUUGAAAUCGAUAAACAAAUAAGUUAUCCAUAAAAUAUUUUAAAAAGUGUGUAUUUCCUUCGUAAAAACAGUUUUGGUGCUAGUCCAAAAACAAAUGUGCAUUGAAAACGUUUUAAUAGACGACAACACUGUAAGAAUCUUCUAUCCUAAACAGAUGUUUAAUAUUAAUUCUGAUUUGUGUCUUAAAUGAAAUAACGAUUGUUAUUGUUGUAAUGAAAAAACUUUUCUUCCAAUUAGGAUGUUCAAAAAAUUCCUUGGAGUUGAAGAAAAUGAUUUUAUUAAUUUUUCAGUGAUAAGUGACGGUGUGGGUUGCAAAGAACCAUAUUCCUGAACACGUCGACAAAAUGUAGACGACGAAUACACUUUGAGGUUAUAUUUGUAUAGAGUUUAAACAGAAAAUGUCAUUAAACGAAAUUGAAGACACUCUUUUUGCUUAUAACCAGCAACAUUUAAUUCAAUAUUGGAAAGAACUGACUGAAGAAGACCAGUUAUCGUUAAUAACACAACUCAAAAAUAUCAAUUUUAAUAAUGUCAGUAAUCUCUUUCAAAAAGCUCAAACUUACAUUCAAGAAGGUAUACAAAAACUUGAUGAUCACAUGAAACCAGUGCCUAGAAACAAAUUUGAAGCAGAAUUGAAAUUGGACACGAAGGUAUUAGAAGAAUACUUUUUACUGGGAUUAAAAGAAAUUUCAAAAGGUCAUGUAGGAGUCAUUCUUUUAGCAGGAGGACAGGGUUCAAGAUUAGGUGUUACUUACCCAAAAGGAAUGUUUCCUCUUGAAUUGCCCUCGGGUAAGACCUUAUUUCAAAUCCAAGCUGAACGAAUACGAAGAAUACAAAAAGUUGCUGAAGAAAGAACAGGAAAGUAUGGAAAAAUAUGUUGGUUUAUUAUGACUAGUGAAGAAAAUCAUGAACCCACAGAGAAUUAUUUCAAUAAACAUGGGUAUUUUGGUCUUAACAAAGAAGAUGUGAUUCUAUUCCGACAAGGAUUAUUACCAUGUUUCACAUUUGAUGGUAAAAUUAUAUUGGAAGAUAAAAAUAGAAUUGCUCUUGCCCCAGAUGGUAAUGGAGGAAUUUAUAAAGCUCUACAAAAAAAUCAUAUAGUGGAACUUAUGAAGAAAAGAAACAUAAAAUAUGUUCACGUCCACAGUGUUGAUAACAUCUUGGUGAAAGUAGCCGACCCCAGCUUUAUUGGGUACUGUGUGAAGAAAGGAGCUGACUGUGGAGCUAAAGUAAUACCUAAAGAAAAUCCUCAUGAUGCCUUAGGUGUAGUAUGUGAAGUUAAUGGAAAAUUCCAAGUAGUUGAAUACAGUGAGAUAACAGAUAAAACAGCAAAUUUAAGGAAUGAGGAAGGCGAACUAGUUUUCAGUGCCGGUAGUAUUUGUAAUCAUUUUUUUACUAGUGAUUUCUUAGAAAAGGCUUCAACUGUGUAUGAAAAAGAAUUGAAGCCACAUGUAGCUAAGAAGAAGAUUCCAUAUAUUGAUGAAAGUGGUAACAGAAUACAACCUAAAACUCCAAAUGGUGUAAAAAUCGAAAAAUUCAUUUUCGACGUUUUUGAAUAUUCUCAAAACUUUGUGACUUGGGAAGUGCCUCGAAAUGCUGAAUUCAGUCCUCUAAAGAACUGCGAAAGCGUUCAUAAAGAUUGUCCAUCAACAUGCAAGAGAGAUCUUUUGUUAUUGCAUAAAUCAUACAUUCAAAAAGCAGGUGGAAUUGUUAAAUGUGAGGAAUUAGAAAUUUCUCCUCUUUUAUCAUAUGCUGGAGAAAAUUUGGAAAGUAAAGUUAAAGGAAAGGUGUUUGAUAAAUGUACCGUUAUUCUUUCAGAUGAGGAAGUGGUUGUGAACGGGUUCAAAGGUACAUAAUAUCCAUAUAAUUGUACAAUUUUUGGGAAAAUUAAUACUCACUUUCCAUAGAUUGUUAUUGCAAAUAUCAAAUUAACAUAGGAAAACCCUCAAAUAUUAAGUUCCUGGAUAUUAACCCUCCAAUAGGGUUAAAUACCAAAUUAUUGGCACCUUUAGCAGUAUAUCAGACUAUUAUGUCAAUUUUGGCAUCUUAAAGUAAAAAAAAUUAUACACUUCCUUGAUUACAAUUUUACAAAAUUGAUUACAGUUCUUUUUUAAUACGAACACAGAAAACUACAUUUUUAAAUACAUCUUUUGAUUAAAAAAGAAUAUAUUCCAAUUAUGUCACUUUUCUCAAUUAUUCGCAAUAGAUUCUAGUUGCCUAUUUGAACAUUUUAUUUGUAAAACUUACAAAAAUUGUUAUUCAAUUAGCAUUUAGGGUACCAAGCAUGAAAGUAUGAAGUUCUAUCCAAAAAAUGUCAUAAUUUAUAUUAUCACCAUGAUAAUGUGGAACUUCUUAUAAUGAGAAUUUAUUAAUAUUAUUGUUUGUUGUAAUAUUCAUAAACUUGUUGAUAUUUAAAUCGUCUUAUUGCAGGAACUAUUUGAUUUGUCGACAAAUCUAAAUUAUUUGCUCCAUUCAAAUUACCUUCUACAAAUAAGGUUCCAGAAAUUCUGUUUAUAAUUAUACCUGCUUAAACAAUAACUAUUAAAAGCGUUUGUAUUUUAUGCUUCCACAUCAUCCAUUUGGAAUUAGUAUCUACAAUCAUGUAUCACUGUACUAUUGAGCAUACAUUUAAUGUCAUUAGAAAAUAUUGUCUUACUUGUAAAAUGGAGAUCAGUAUCUGCAUUUUGUAGGGGUGACUGGGACUGGUUGUCUUAGUUUUUAAAAAAUAUUUAGGUGUGAACCAUUUUUGAAAUAAUGAUAUAUUAAUGCUUUGGAAAUACCAUGUUAAAAGUUGGGAAUUUUAUGUUUAGUCAAAGUCCUUUUCUUUUAAUUUGUUAUAAAUGCAAGACAAAUGGAUGUCACAAUACCUGGAGUUGGUAGUCACAUAUAUUUUUAAUGAUAAAUAAGUUACAAAACAUCAAAUGGAAUAUCGAAAACAGUUUUUAAAAGAACAAAUUGAAUGUUUAUUUAAAACCAGUCUCUAGUCACUUGUGCAGGCCAAAUGUGACCAACCAUUGCAGGAUCUGUAACUUAUCCAUUCUUCAUCUGGGAGGCUAUUGUAAAAGGAUCCAAUACAAAUCAAGCAAAAACAUUCUUCACUAUCACUUUCAGCUUUGAGCAACCUAAACUUUUGCCUUUUUGUGUUUUUUUUUAUUCAUGAAAAAUUCUUUUUUGCUCUUGAAAUUUUUCGAUUUUCUUAUCAAUUUGACGCUUGUUAUUUUCUUCUAAUUUAUUUUUAACUGGUGUAUCAGUACGUAUUACAUGUAACUUCUGAUUCUCGCUUUAGGAUAGGGUCUUAGAUUUUCUGGUGUUAUGAUCUUCUCAACAGGCUAAUUUUUUUGCAUGCAACUGGGAUUUUGAAUAUCAGUUUUAUCGUAUAUUUUUGCGGAAACAAACCAUCAGACUUUAAAAACUAUUGCUCUACUGGGACUUUCUGAUUCUUACAUGUAAACAACGCUUGGGGUUUCUUCUUGUUUAGGACAAUUGACGCUAGUCUGGUGUUUUCAACGUUUAAGACUGCAGUAUCUGUUCUGUCAGUAACAGAGCUCACAAGACUUUCAGAAUAAUUAAAAACAUUUCUGUUAAAAGGAGACACACCAGCCAUUCUAAACACAAACACUAUAUUUUUUGGAGUCAAUGCAAGUGGAUAAGCUAUGGACACCAACGAUGGUAUGUCAUAUAUAGUUGUCUUUCCAAAAACAGAACGAUCAAGUGGUUGGCUUAUGCGAACUGUGGGGAGGAAAAGAAAUCAUGACAUUUUCAUUGGCAAAAUGUAGCCCCUUUAUGCUUAAAUGCAUAAAAUAGUUUAAAAAACAUUCGCUCUGUUAAAUAUGCUGGCUCUUGGUAAGCUUGUUGCUUCUGGCUUUCGAAUAGAUACUUCUGGAUAACGUUUUAUGAAAUUACUGAAUCAGUCUGGGGCGGUCAUUUUAUUUUCGCUCGUUUUCAAAGGAUUGACGUUAACAUAUUCAUAGGCUAGUCUGCGGAUUUCUUUAGGAGAUAUUCUAAUAUAUAUUUCAGAAGCUUUAAUUAGUUCUAUUUCAUAAUCGGGAGUAAAAACCAGAUGAUUUUUAAUAUAGCCUAACCUAACCAAAUUUUCAUCAAAGAACAUAGCUUCUGGAAUUUUUUAGCAGUACCUUGCCGGUGUUCGAUCAUUUAUAUUAAAUUCAGUUACUGAUUUUCCUAUUGAAUAUCUAUUUAACGAACCGAGCAGGUGGUGUGUCUUUCUUUUGAAGUUACGGACCAUUUUUGCCUGAGAAAAAAAUCAGCAUAAAACAAUAUUCAUUGUAGAAUGCUGCAAAAGCUGGUUGUCACACGUGACGACAAGCCCCUGUAGAUUUACCCUUAAUAACAGGAUUAUUUCAACCAAUGCAAAUUUAAAACUUACAUUGAAUUAAAGCUAGGUAACCAUUUUUCAUAACACAAAUUUUUUAAAUACCAUGAAAUUUACUGAAAUUCGCCGCUUUUUGUUUCCACUCGGGAGAGCGUAUCCCAUAGACGAUGACUUUUCCCAUUGAAUACAUGCGACUUAUAAACUACCGCCAAUAAUAUUCAGGUUAAGACAAAUCUAUAUUUUGCAGCGUUGCCGUUGUAACAACCAGAGCCCCGGUCUCCCUCUAUCAAAAUUUUAACAAAAUUUCAUUUUGUUAUUAUGAGCAUCUUCAGAUAAUUCUUGUAUUAGCGUUACUUUGUACGGACGGAACUUACUUUUCUUGAUAAUGUUAAAGAAGGAUGCUGUAUGAACAUCAUACUGCAAUGCAAUUUUCCGAUUGCAUGUACAAGAAUUUUCUAUAAAACUAACAAUAACAUCAAGGAUUUUUUAUCAUUGGUUACUGUAUUUGGUCAACUACUAUUAGGGUAAUUAUUAUUUGAAUCUACUUUUUUCAUAAUAUUCCAAAAUGCAUUGAAUAAGUGAGCCAUCUCAACAUAACCUCUCAUUACCCACAGAUUUGUUCUUGGUAGCUGCACUGCAACUGUACUGAACUAGACCAGUGCAGGCUAUUUCAUGAGUGUAUAUAAUUAGUUCGAUCAGAUACAAAGAACGAAAUAAUGCAUAGAGCAAUGGAGAAUUUGUUGACUGUUGGAUGUGAUUCAGUCCUUGUAGUAGUAACAAUAAUAGAAACGGUUCAGUACUUUUUGAUAUUUUACAUUCGUCCGAUGACGAAGAUGUGGUGCCACCAUUUCCAGAUUACACUUAUUGCACUUUACUGGCUGAUCUGACUCUAGACCCAGUGCAAGCAGUACAGAGAACUGGGUGAACUAGAUCUCUUGCACUGCUACUAAGAACAACGACACUAGCACUGUUUUUGUUACAAAGAACACUUUAUUAUACACUUCCUGAACUAGUCCUGCCAGUGCAGCUACCAAGAACAAACCUCAUAAACAAAAUACACUCUUUUGCUACUCGAUUAUACUCUACUUCCACUGCAGUAUGAUUCUCACGGGACGCUGGACUUUAUCGCAACUUUUUACAUUUUGAAUUUAUCAUUAUUUAAAGUAUAAAAUUGUUACAUAGAUUACAAUUUAAUGUCUGGAUCAAAUUACAUUAUUUUUACACUAUCCAGUGGAUUUUGUUGCUACGUAUCCAAUACUGCUUUUAAAAUAAGUGAUCAAAUUAGUAAUUUUGCGGUGCCCCUACCUGCUUGUCUCUGGGGCUCCAGCCCCUUCCUAGACCCUCCAUAAAUUCGACGUUUCAGACAACCUAAUAAAAAUCUUGUGUCUCAGUAUUAAUUGUUAUGACAAUAAAAUUGUAUGUAAAAUAAAGAUUUUUUUUUAAUUAUUACUAUAAUGUAUCCUCGGACUAAUCAAUGAUGGUUGACCAUAUUAUUUGUAUUAAAACUACUUUGAAAUAAACUAUUUAUUAAACGAUAAAAUAAUUAGUUAAA